AUGGCUGGCGAUACUGGUGCUAACCCACUGUUUCUCGGUUGGGUCAAGGAGUGGUGGGAUACCGCCCGUGAACACAACACCAAAGGCGCCCCCACCUACAAAAAGGCAUACAACUCACUCAAAGCAUGUCCAUUGACUUUUCAACAUCCUUCGGAACUUCAGGUACUCAACGGGUUUGGCCCCACAAUCAGUCAAAGACUUACCGACAGGCUUAAGCAAUAUUGCGAGGAGAAUGGCCUCCCCAUGCCCAAACAUCCCAAGAGGAAGCGAACGUUGGAGUUAGAAUCAGCUCUUGCGGCAGCGGGUGCCGCGCAAGAUGAACAGCCAUCACCUCCCAAGAGAGCCAGGACAGCCCGACCUUAUGUUCCGAAGCUGAACAGCGGCGCAUAUGCUCUGCUCAUGGCUCUUUCAGAACUUGGACCCAAAGAGUUCAUGGACAAGACCACGCUUAUCGCCAAAGCACAACCUUAUUCUGAACACUCCUUCACCGUUCCUACCAUGGCAAACAAAUCGUAUACAGCUUGGGAUUCCAUAAAGACACUCGAAGACAAAGAACUUGUUUAUAUACGCGGUCGGCCUUCCAAAAGAUUUUCAUUGACAGAUGACGGCUGGGAAGUGGUCAACCGGAUGAAGGAAGCACAGAACCUCGUGGAUGGAGUGGGUGGGAGCGCUAAUACGUCAAGGAACUCCAUUGCUAGUGGCAGCGGUACUUCCAAUCCCAACCGCAGUGAGAAUGUCAACCCUAAUCGUCAAGACAGCGGAGUCAAGAGGGAAAGUCGAUACACACCUCUUGACUUGAAGCCGUUUGUCUCGACUACAGCAACCCCGGAUAGACCAUUGCAGCCAAAACCUCACACGGCAAAUUCAGAAUAUAGUAUCAUCAUCGAUAGUGACGAUGAAGACCCCAAGUAUGAUGAAGAGGACCGGAAACCAAUUAUCCGAGAGACGACAAACCGCGAUUACAUCGACCUGGUAGCAGACGGCGAUUCCGUGCCUGACGAGUCCAGCCUCCCCCAUUUUACCCCCAUUCGACUAGCCCCCGGCUCCUUCACAGUCGAACUAGUCCUCGACACGCGCGAAGUCCAAGCCAAGAACAACCGGGACCACAUCCAAGAAGAGCUCUCCAAACUCGGUGUUCGACCCAUCAUGCGGAGUCUCGAGCUCGGCGACGUCCUCUGGAUCGCCAAGUGCAAGCAACCGGGCUGGCUUAACAGGCUAGGCGCCGAAGGUGACGAGGUCGUCCUAGAUUACAUUGUCGAGCGCAAACGCCUGGAUGAUCUUAUUGGGAGCAUCAAGGACGGGCGCUUCCGCGAGCAAAAGUACCGGCUGAAGCGAUCGGGCAUGAAGAACGUUGUUUACAUUAUCGAGAACUUCAACAUCGACAUGGAUAUCCGACGACAGUACCAGGACGCAAUGGACACGGCCAUGGCGUCGAUCCAGGUCGUCAACGGCUAUUUCUUGAAGAAGACAGACACGAUUGCCGAGUCCAUCCGGUACUUGGCGGCCGUGACGUAUAUGCUCAAGGAGAUAUACGAAAGCAAGCCGCUGUUUGUCAUUCCAACUCAGGUCCUGACGGCCAAGAAUUACUUGCCGCUGGUGAAGCAUCUGCGGGAGAAAGAGCCGUCCAGGGGGUACUAUAUCAGUUAUCCGGCCUUUGCGUCGCUGGUUUCCAAGUCGGAGAUGAUGACGCUGAAGGACGUGUUCAUCAAGAUGUUGAUGUGCAUCAGGAGGCUGUCGGGAGAAAAGGCGAUUGAGAUCCAAAAGGUGUGGAAGACGCCGUUUCAGCUGGUCAAGGCGUUUGAGGCUUGCGGGAGUGAUGAGAAUGGGAAAAAGAAGCAGAAGGUUUUGGUGAUGAGUAUGCUUUCGCACCUGGUUGAUCGGAGGAGUGUAGAUAAGGGACUGAGUGAGAGGAUUGCUGAUGUUUGGGGUUUUCUGUGA